AUGGCUGCAGCGAAUGAAGAGAUAACUUACGCCCUACCCAGUCUGUUGGAGUUGGCCUACCAGGCGUGUAGCCGUGACCAGCGGAAACGGUACGACGAGCUGCCCGUCGUGACCGUCGACUUACAGGUGUGUUGCGAGUCGUUAUUGAAAAUAAUAAAGUUUAACUCGCACGCCGAUCGUUUUCAACCUCGUGGGCAUCGGCGGUUCAUGUUUGCCAAAGUUCACCCCAAAUGCCGUCUGAUCAACAACAUAUGCGAGAUGGCAGCCUUCCACGGACACAUCAACUGCAUGAAGUUCGCCCGCGCCAUCGGCGUCCCGUGGUACACGCCGAAUGUGUGGCAAAGAUCGGCGUGCGACGAGGCCGCGGACAAGGGCCACAUGGAAUGCCUGGUCUACGCACACGCCAACGGCAGUCCGUGGAGCAGGUGGACGUGCAACUUCGCCGCGGGCAGCGGCCACCUGGACUGUCUCAAGUACUGCCGGGAUAAUGGCUUCCCGUGGGAUGAAUUCACUUGUACCAACGCCGCACAAAACGGCCGCAUGGAGUGUCUUGUAUACGUGAGGCAAAACGGCUGUCCGUGGAACGAGGACACGUGCAGCAUGGCCGCAUUGAACGGAAAAUUAAAGUGCCUGAAGUACUGCCGGGAAAAUGGCUGUCCGUGGGACUCUUUUACUUGCGAAAUGGCCGCGUCCACGGGGAAACUCGACUGCCUACGAUAUGCGAUCGAGAACGGCUGUGAAUGGGACAUUGACGGAUAUUUGUCGGCUUUCCACGGGAUGAAAGAUCCGUCUUGCUUGAGGUACGCACUCAAAUUAAAGCAUGGACUGGCGAAGACGAACGCAUCUACUAGCUCACCCGAUGACGUAAUCCCGUCGAAAUAG